UGCACAUGCAGAGGGGAGAGAAGACACUUGCUGGAGUCUGUUCAAGUCAUCUGUGCUGCAGGGGGGACCACUUGCCUUGCGACAUUUGGCGCCACUAAUUGCCUCUGUGAUUAAUCAGACUGCCUGUGAUGGUGUAAAUUGUUGUGGGGAGAUUCCCUGCUGUGCUGUGAACAUCUCUUUCACCAUGACUCUGGACAGAGACACCUGUUGGAUACAAUGACAGCCGACAAGGAGAAGAGAAGGGCGAUCAGCCGUGAGGCGGCCAGGAAGAGACGCCGAGUGGAGUCGGAUGUGUUCGGAGAUUUGUCUCAGCUCCUGCCUCUCCAGCCCUCGGUCCGAGCUAACCUGGACAAGCCCUCUGUCAUUCGCCUCACCCUCAGCUACAUACGCAUGCACACACUGCUCAAAGGACACGCUGGGACAAAAGCAGAGACCAGUCACACAGUAAAACAUGGACAAGUGUUGGAGGGUGGAGAGGAGCGACAAGAGCGUGACGGAGGACGUGACGAUGAGGAGAAAGAGACGGUGGCAGUUGAGACCUUGGAAGAGACCAACAUGUACCUGAGGAUCCUGGAAGGGUUUCUGAUGGUGUUGUCCACUGAGGGAGACAUGAUCUACCUGUCUGACAAUGUCAGCAAAUACAUGGGUUUGACACAGGCUGAGUUGAUGGGACACAAUAUUUUUGAGUUUGCUCAUCCCUGUGACCAUGAAGAAAUCAGAACAAAUCUACGGCUAACGGCAGAGGAAGUUUGGAGCGGUGCAAAGAGGGACUUUAUCAUGAGGAUAAAAAGCGCUCUGACUCACAGAGGAAGAAGUGCUAACCUCAAAUCAGCUACAUGGAAGGUUCUGCACUGUCAGGGCCGAGCACGGGUGUGUGCCAUUCCCUCUUCAGUUUCCUGCCUGCUGCUAACUUGCCAACCUCUGCCCCUCUCCCACACACUCCUCAGCACACACACCUUCACCAGCCAGCACAGCAUGGACAUGAGGUUCACAUACUGUGACCAGAGAGUGACUUUGCUUUUAGGCUACUCUCCUCAGGAGCUGCUGGGUCGUUCCAUCUAUGAUCUCUGUCACACAAUGGACACAAAGUGUUUGAACAAAAAUCAUCUGAACUUGUGUUGGAGGAGUCAGUCAGUCAGCGGUCAGUACAGGAUGCUGGUGAGAAGUGGAGGUUACGUCUGGGUGGAGAGUCACAGCGCCGUCAUCCCCAGUGUCCGACCCUCCAAGUCCAGACCCGGCGCCCACCAGCCGCUCUGCAUCCUCUGUGUUACCUAUGUCCUCAGUGGAGUGGAGGAGCCGUCCCUGCAGCUCUCUUUGGACCAGACUGUCAACAGAUAUCUGAGCUGAAACUGGAGUAUGAAGAACAAUCUGCUGAACCCUCAUCCUAUAAAAUCUGCUCUACCUCCCUCUGUGA